GCCGCGAGGAAAAGUUGCUAUCCCACGCGCUGCUUUGGUAGGACAUCAAGGCACGACCCCGCCGCAUUAUCUCGGCGUGUUAAUGCACAGACGCGUGGAAAUCGGCUUGAGAUGAGCCGCCAGAGUUUAUGGAGGAGAAAGUGGACCGCAGUCGCCGCGAACUCCACCUGUCGUCAUCCGAAGCGUAUGAUAAUCAGAUUUUGCAGCUCCCAAUUGUCCAUUUGUCCUACAUCCUAAACCUACGGAAUAAUUUAUACACAGCGCCAUGGUCGCCAUGCCAUUGUAACCCGUUUUUGAGCCUCCCAGGCUCAGCAGAUCUUUAUAGCAUUUUCAUCGACGCAUUUGUACAUUAGACCAACACCGCCUGGAGCGAUUGCAUCUCCAGAAAUUUAUACCCCACCCAUAAAGCAUCAUGGCUGCCCGACGAGGAAGCCGCUUUAUUAAGCCGCUGCUUUACACAGCUGGUGCUGGAGCAGUUGGUGCAUCCGCCCUCUACGUUACCCUACGACCUCGCGAUAUCCCCGGCUCCGAAGCCGCCGCAGUCCCACCACCCACAUAUGGCGAGGGAGGUGUCUUCCGACCACCAUCAUUCCCCUCUGCCAAAAGCCGCGAUGAGCAGAUUGCGCAAUUGAAGCGCAGCGCCGGUGUCGUCUCGCAGGUCGCCGAGAAGGCAAAGAAGUGGCUCGGUGGAGGUGGCUCUGCUGCGACAGCAGCUGAGAAGGCUGAGGAAGAGCCAUAUGACCUGUUGGUCAUUGGCGGUGGUGCGACCGGAGCCGGUAUUGCGCUUGACGCUGUUACCAGAGGUCUGAAGGUUGCGCUCGUCGAGCGCGACGACUUCAGCAGUGGUACUAGCAGUAAGAGUACAAAGCUGGUACACGGUGGUGUACGAUACCUAGAGAAGGCUGUCUGGAACCUCGACUACAACCAAUAUGCUCUCGUCGUCGAAGCUCUCCGUGAGCGUCGCUACUUCUUGGACACCGCGCCUCAUCUUUCACAAUGGCUCCCGAUCAUGAUUCCGAUCCAGAAGUGGUGGCAAGCACCCUACUUCUGGGCUGGUACGAAGUUCUACGAUUUCCUCGCUGGUUCAGAGAACAUUGAGAGUUCUUACUACAUGACAAAGAGCAAGGCUCUGGAUGCGUUCCCCAUGUUGAAGAAGGAAGGCCUCGUUGGAGCCCUGGUCUACUACGAUGGUGCACACAACGACUCGCGCAUGAACGUUUCAAUCGCCAUGACCGCAGCGCUGUACGGCGCAACUGUUGUCAACCACCUCGAAGUCACUGAGCUUGAGAAGGAUGCCAAUGGUCGUCUGUGCGGAGCAAAGGCCAGGGACUGCAUUGCUGAGCGCGAUGGCAAGAAGUCUGAAGCGUUCUCCAUCAAGGCCAAGGGUAUCAUCAAUGCUACCGGUCCCUUCACCGACUCUAUCCGUAAGAUGGAUGACCAAGAGGUGCAGGAAAUCGUCGCCCCUAGCUCCGGUGUUCACGUAAUUCUCCCUGGCUACUACAGCCCUUCAAACAUGGGUCUUAUUGAUCCCAACACUUCCGACGGCCGUGUUAUCUUCUUCCUGCCAUGGCAGGGAAACACUAUCGCCGGUACAACAGACACUGCUUGCGAUAUCAAGCAAGAUCCUGUUGCUGGUGAGGAAGAGAUUGACUGGAUCCUCAAGGAGGUUAAGCGCUAUCUGCAGCCUGAGAUCAACGUUCGCCGCGGCGAUGUCCUCGCUGCCUGGUCUGGUAUCCGUCCUCUCGUCCGUGAUCCCAACGCGAGCGCGACUGAGGGACUCGUCCGCAACCACUUGGUGACCACCUCUCCUUCCGGUCUGAUGACUUGCUCUGGUGGCAAGUGGACUACCUACCGCCAGAUGGCCGAAGAGACUGUCGACGAGGCGAUCAAGGAGUACGGCCUGAAGACUCAGCCGCUUGUGAAUCCCACUCUCGUUAGCGGGACUGAGGUCAAGGAUGAGGCUCCUCUUGACGGCACCUGCCAGACUCACCGCGUUCGACUUGUUGGUGCUCACGGCUUCUCCAAGACCUUGUUCAUCAACCUCAUCCAGCACUACGGCAUUGAGACUGACGUAGCCAAAUACCUUUGCCAGGCUUAUGGCGACCGUGCAUGGACCGUCGCAGCUCUUGCGUCGCCCACUGAGCAGCGUUUCCCUGUCCGCGGCGUCAAGAUGGCUGAGCUCUACCCAUACAUCGAUGGUGAGGUCCGCUACUGCGUUCGUCACGAGUACGCUCAGACUGCCACCGACGUAAUCGCGCGCCGCAUGCGUCUAGCUUUCUUGAACGCCCAGGCUGCUCUGGAAGCUCUCCCUAAGGUUAUUGACAUCAUGGCCGAGGAGCUAAAGUGGGACAACAAGCGUAAGGAGGUCGAGUGGAAGAACUCUGUCACUUACCUCGGCUCCAUGGGUCUGCCCAAGAACAAGCUCUCGCUCACCCGAAAGGACGUCGAGAGUGGCCACGUCGGCAAGUACACAGAUGAGGACUACCACCUCUACGCUCGUCACGGUACGUCAAACUCCGACGAGGAAGCUUGUGCAAACCUCUUUGCAUUUGGGAUUAGGCUAAAUGAAGUGUUUGCAGAUAAACCCGAUGAGCUGCUUCAGUCCGACAGCAAGUUCGCAAGCGGUCACAACCCCGUCGUUGGCCGCGAGUCCAAGGUCAACAAAUAAGCGUACAGCUACGCACUCACAAACCUGAUAUGGGCGGAGGACCUGUCACAUCCUCCCCCAUACACAUCACUCGCAUACUGUACCAUCCUACUCGGCGCGGAGGCGUAUUCGAGUCGACUUGCAUCAUGUUGGCGCUCGAUACCAUCCGCAUGACUGGCGUCCUUGUCCCCAUCGCGAUAUGUAUAUAAUCGUCUACUCUUAGCGCUACCUGAAAGAAUUGAGUUGACUUUGUUGCGCUC